CAUACAUUCUUCUUGGGAAUGGCUUCCAAUACAUUAAUGAGCUGCGGCAUCCCCGCCGUGGGCCGCCCCUCGCUUCUCUCCUCUUCCAAAUCAAGAUUCGCGACUGCUGUGCCACUUUCCGGAGUUACCACCAACGCAUCUCGGAUUUCCAUGUCCGCCGAGUGGAUGCCCGGACAACCACGACCACCGUACCUUGACGGAUCUGCACCUGGGGAUUUUGGGUUUGACCCACUUGGUCUUGGUGAGGGGUCCCAGAGAACCUUGAAAGAUUCAAAGAGUCCGAGCUCAUCCACUGCAGAGGGCUAUGCUUGCAGUACCUGGGAUUUUGUUACCUGAAGCAUUAGGAUUGGGCAAUUGGGUAAAAGCACAAGAAUGGGCAGCCCUGCCCGGCGGGCAAGCAACAUACCUAGGGAACCCGGUGCCAUGGGGUACCCUACCCACAAUCUUGGCUAUCGAAUUCAUCUCCAUUGCAUUCGUAGAACACCAAAGGAGCAUGGAAAAAGACACAGAAAAGAAGAAGUACCCCGGUGGUGCUUUUGACCCAUUAGGCUACUCAAAAGACCCUAAAACCUUCGCAGAGUACAAGGUCAAAGAGAUCAAAAAUGGACGUUUGGCUUUGUUGGCAUUUGUGGGAUUUUGUGUGCAACAAUCGGCUUACCCUGGAACCGGACCAUUGGAGAACUUGGCAACUCAUUUGC